AUGGCCUAAUCUGUAACCUACCGACCGAGCGACUGAGCUUUAUACAGAACAUAAUAUUUUCAGAACUUUGGAUUUUUAGAUUUUGUAAAUAAUUUUAAACUAUCGAGUUAUUUUUUUAAAUUAUUUUGUUCGAGUUUUAUUGUUAUUACCUGUGGAAAACGUUUCGUUUGUUAUCCGCCAUAUUUUCUUAACGUUUUUGUACGUUCACUGAGAAACGUGGUGUGUGACGUGUUGUGCAACAAAUUGGAAGAUUCUGCGAAUGUUACUCGAUUUUCUGAGUUAAAUUAUCGAAUGAACGCCGAAACGUAACCAACUCAGAAAGCAGCAUCCUUACCAAAAAAAUAUUGUGUGAUGACAAGAUAACCAAACAGAUGAUCGUCGUCGUGCGAUAAUUUCAAAUCAAUCGAAGACGUAAACCAUAAGAAGCGAAAUAGAACCGAUUCAUCUGUAAAAUAAAACAAAAAAAGUCAAUCAUCAUCGUCGUCGUCAACAACAACAACAUUCAACAGCAUUGUUGUAAUCGAGCAUCAUCCCGAUGUACAGAAGGGUCGUGGUGCCACUUAAAUCGGUAGAAAAAAUUACGAACUUAGAUGUUUGUUAUGAAAUAUGCGUGCGAAUCGUUACACAAAAAUGCGCGUAUCGCUAUUAAGCGGACAUCUGUGGAUUCUUAAAAUACUACUGUACAUAGAUGAUAGUUGGUGUUCGUAGUAUAUAAUUCGUUUUAUCGUAAUAAUUUUUUUUGGGUUGUUUUUUUUUGUUUUUGUUUCGCUCUGUAAUCAAUUUCGAUAAUUUUUUUGUCUUUUUUUGUUUCUCAUUUCUGCGAUUUCUUAUUUAUCGUUCGUAAUUCGAGUUUCGUUGCUACCCUGUUUUCCCCCUUGUUUUUUUUUCAUUUAAUCGUCAUUCGUUAAAUUUUUGAACAACGCGAAAGUGGCGUCCGCGACCCAAGUGAUCCAUUGGCAGCAGAUGGAAACAGUUCAACACGUGUCCCCUGGAAUGCCUACACAAGCUCAACUUUCAUACGCUCCUAGACCUACGUUGCAGUAUAGGUGAGCACGAUUUUUCGCCAUAGAGAUUAUACAUAGAAUAUGUUUCCCUCGUGUGAAAAUGAUUUAUCGAAUCCGGCUUCAUUACCUCUCGGCGGCAGUGGCAGUUUCAAAGUUUCUUCCGCUCAAAAUACCUCAAUACCUUACCCAAGUUACCCCGGAAGCGGCGAAUUGUCUUCUAGAUAUGUGCAGCCAAGUUCACAAUAUAAUAGUUCCGAUAGACCCAGUUCCAACAGCACGAGCUCCUAUAGCGAAAAUAACCAUAGUUCGUCUGUGAUCGGGAGAGGCGAUAGAAAUAGCACUAGUAAUAGUUCGUUGGGCGAAUACAUGCCUCCGAAGUCGAGAGCCGUUUUGAAUUCAGAUCAUAGGAGUAGCCAUCCGAGCAAUCGGAUAAAUUCGGCCGAAAGUUAUCCGGAGAGUAUACUGAAUACUGCUUACCACGUAGAUCAUGGAGCGCCGCCGAAUAAAAGGAUUAAAUACAACGAAGCGGUUAAACCGGAACUCCAGCAACCUCUCAGAGUGGAUACCAGCGAACGACCCGUGUACAAUCCACCGGUGGAAGCGAUCUCACCAACAUUGCCACCGCAGCCGCCUCCACCUCCCCCAGCGCCGCCGCCUAAUACGGCUCAAAAUGCAAACUCUCCCGAAACUUCGGCUGCGACCGCCGCCGAAGCGAAUGAUAAACAAGACGAGGCUGUGAUCAAUGUAGAUUCUUAUAGUUGUAGUAAUAAUCCUACCGAGUUAGUCGACCUACUCACCAAAAUUGAAGAUGAAAUUCGCAAAACCGAUCAACAAAUUCAGCAGUUGAAAAAGAAACAGAAAGAAAUGGAAGAAAAUACAGAUUUUGCUAACGCCGCCACCAUCAAAGUCGAACCAGAAUGCGAAGAGAUAAUAUUACCAAAAUUGAUUCAAGUCGCGAAACGUAUUUAUGACGAGAACUGGGACAAAGCCAACAUUUCGCAUCAAUUCUUCAUCAAAUUCGGCGCUUUAGAAGAUUUACCUGUUUAUAACCAAGCUCCAGAUACCGAAAUAUAUCAUGAAAAUAAGAAAAAAUAUGCUGAACUGAAACCUUUCUUGAUCGAUAAAAUUAGAAAAGAGAAACAGGCUAAAGAAGCUAGAGAUCAAAAUAUCGCGUUGACCUACAACAAAAUGAGCACCGAAUGGAAACGUAAAUUAGAAAAGAUCGAAAAUUCGCAAAAACGUAAAGCUAGAGAUUUAAAGAACAGAGAAGUUUUCGAAAAAGUAUUCCCAGAAUUACGUAAACAACGCGAAGAUAAAGAAAGGUUUAGCAGAUCAGGUGGCCGAGUCAGAAGCGAGGCUGAUUUAGAAGAAAUUAUGGACGGAUUACAAGAACAAGAGCUGGAAGACAAGAAAAUGAGAUCGUACGCUGUGAUUCCGCCUUUGAUGUUAGAUUCGAAACAGCGAAGGUAUUCGUUUAUCAAUAACAACGGUUUGAUUACGGAUUUACCUAAAGUUGCCAAAGAAAACGAGUAUUACAACAUUUGGACGGAAUCGGAGAAGGAAAUCUUCAAAGAGAAAUUUCUCCAGCAUCCGAAAAAUUUCGGCGUCAUAGCUUCGUACCUGGAGAAGAAAACAGUCUGCGAAUGUGUAGCCUACUAUUACCAUAGCAAGAAAACCGAACAUUAUAAACGUUUGUUAAGAAAAUCGCGACGAACGAGAGCUCGAAAUCUGCAGGGUAAGGCUAGCGGCGCGAAUGCUAGCGGUCUGGCCAAUCCGGGUGAUAUAUUGUACAACAAUACGCCCGGCGUUACGACGCGUUUGCAACGCGAGCAAAUCCAACAACAACAAAGACUGGAACAGCCGCAGAAUUUGUCUGUAGCCGCGACGAGCACGACUAGCACUAAUAGCACGACUAGUAUGGCUGGUAGUAGCACGUCAGCGACGGCCGCAAGUACUGCUGCUGCGAGUACGUCGACGACGACCGCAACGACAGCCGUUUCGACCACAUCUACGACAGUUACCGAAAGUACGCCUAUGGAUACGAGCUCCACCAGUACGAAUAUCAUCGGAGGCGCCGCACCGGCUGAAAGUAGCGUAGAAAUUUCAACGACUACGUACCUGAAUGGUGCCGAAGCGAGCACAGCAGCGGUUGCGGCCACUACGACCUCCAGCGCGGAUAAUUGUUCGGUUACCGGUGGCAAUGCCGCCGGUAGCGCGAAGACGGCCGGUUCGGAAAGCGUCAGUAGUGAUGUGACCGAUUUGACUGCUGCUACGAGUGCUAAAGUCGUACCUGAUACAGUAUUAGAUGGCCGGUCCGCCAUUAGUCCGGUGUCGCCGGCUGGUAAUACUGUAAAUAACGAUGCUGUGAAAAGUGAAACUAAACCAGAUAUUAAGAAAAAAGAAAGGAGAAAAGAUGAUAAGAAGAAAAACGAUACCAAUACUCAAGUCGGUGAUACGUCCGAGGAGGAUACCCUUCCAUCUGAAAGUAACGAUAAAGGAACGACGCAUCCGUGUUUGGUUUGUAAGACGGAUGCGGUCUCAUCCAGAGCACUGCCACGAUCUCACGCUCAACAGUAUGGAUUACGCGAAGAUGAAGUUACACCAGGUGCUCGAGUGUGUAAUUUAUGCCGUUGCAAAGCGGUACGCUCUAGAUAUAUGCAUUGUCCUUUGCCAACGUGUCCGAAUACCAAAGGCAAUCGCGUGAAACGUUUGAGAACGUUGCCUUGCAAAUGGGCCGACUUACCCGUACAUAUUAAACAACCUGUGAUCGCCGAAUUUCAAAUUCCAAGCACAGCGACGAAAUGCUGUUCGGCUUGUUUCAAUCGCAUUCAAAGGCGACUAGUCCAAAUGGGAGUAGUUGCCAGCCAAGGAGACGAUACCAGCACUAGUCCGACGUCCAGUUCGCAGCUAACGAAGUGGACGGACGAAGAAACUGAAUCGUUGAAACGAGCUAUCGCCGAACACGGUACCAAAUGGUCGGAGGUUUCGCAAAUGGUCGGAUCAUCGAAGACGCAAUACCAAUGCAAAACGUUCUAUUUCAAUUAUCGUAGAAAAUUAGGCUUGGAUGCUGCGAUGCAAGAGUAUAAUAAGAAACACUUUGGCGAAGAACGUAAACCAACUUUAUCAACUGACGAAGAAGAAUCCGGCUCGACGACGUCGAGUUGUGACGAACUCGAUAGAUCAGUACCGGACGAUAGUGAUACGGCCAGUGCUCCAUCUCCGGCCAUGAAUAACGAUACAUCUGGUGGUAUAGGUUCGGCGGUUAUAACGAAAACACCAAUGAUGAACGAUAUGCAAAUGGACACGUCCUCCAUAAAUACAUCAGCUACCGCAAUUUCCAAUCUACCCGGUAGUACUAGUCCCCUUAAGUGUACACCUCCGGUUAUAUCGCAUUUAAUUAGCAAAGAAGAUUACGACAGUUCGGCUACAGAAACUGCUGACGAAGGCGUUGGUGUUGGCGCGGAUAACGAGAACACUUCGUCGUUUGCUGAUCAUGUUGGCAAAUCGAGCCUGAACAGUGUGGGAGGCGAUCGUGAAAAAGUUGCUAUGGUCGAUGUGAUAGGCGGUUUAAUCGAAUUCCAGCUAAAUAAACCUAGUCAAGUUCCCGGUCUGAGUCAGGCACCUAAUAGCAUAUCGUCGAUCGUUGAUCAGAAUUUAUUCGAGUGCGAUCAGCGACAACAAAAAGCCAGAGAGAAUUCGUUAGCUACGUUAUCAUUGGUGAGCUCAGUUCAUCAUCCUGGUCAUAGUGAAUCGAUGAAAGACAGUGUUGUGUACUUACAGAUGCCUGGUUCGAAGGAAUCGCCCAGAGAUCACGAAACUGGCACGUUGGAUUUAAGCAUGAAGAAACCACGUAGUCCGGAAUUCGUCAACAAUCACAUGGUACACAAUACGCAGUCGGUUCAUCCUUCGGCAGUUAGUAAAAAUAGCAAUUCACAUCCCCAUACUCCCCUAAUCCCUGUACCUCCUCAUCAACCACACGUCUACAAACAUCCCGCACCGCACGAGCCGGCCAACAGUAGUUAUUAUCAUCAUCAACAACAAUUGGUAGAAGUUGGUAGAGUGACGAAAACCGGCGAACCUUUGUAUUGGAAAGUACCUCCUUUGGUAAUGCCACAUAAUUCGUUGAUUACCGUUAAACAACCGCCGACGCAUCCUAAACUUCUCAACAAGGUUUCGUCGCCUCAGCAGUUGAAUCAAAAUAUCAAGCUGUCACCGAAACAGUCGCCGAAUGGUGUAUCGUCCAGUGCCGGUUUGAAUAUAUCGCUGAAUCAACAAUCGAAGCUCGGUGGCUCGAUAAUGCACGGUACGCCGGUUUCUAGCGCUAAUCUGUAUCCGUCUAAUGUUCGAGAUGGUCGAUACGAUGCCCCGUUGCUUCGUCAAAUUACACCGCCGUCGCAUCAGGGUAGUCCGUUGAUCAAGGAGACCGGAUCUAUAACGCAAGAUCUUCGUUUUCUUGCAGGAACACCCGUUCAUCAAAGAGGCUCGUCGCAUUCUAAUUCCUCCGCCGAAUACUAUCCGCAGUCGAACAGUAAACGAAGUAGCUCGAUACCCACCAACGCAUUCUAUCCGAAUAGACCUCAUUCGUAUAACGACGAGCAACGCCAACACAUCAUAAUGGCUGAUUUCUUAACAUCUCAACAGCUGAGUAGCAUGAAGGAAAGCGUACAGCCGCGCGACAACAAACCGUAUUAUUAUCCAGCUAGGCAAGGUGUAAUCCAGCGUCAUAACACGAAUCCUCCAGGUACGCCGAUCAGCAAAUCUGUCUCACCGCAUCCGUACCCGCCUGGACACGAAGCCCUCGGCUCGCUGGUGGACGUAGCCAUCCAGCAGCCCAGUCUACCGGUACCGUUAUCGCAUUCGGCAUCCGGAUCGAACGUAGUCGGUCAACAUAAAGGUGACAAACAACGUUUAAUCAUUCAAGAAGGACUGGGCGACCGAUUCAGUCGAGACGCGAUACCGAAAGAGCGAUACUUGAGUCGCGAAGAAGUCCGCGAAUCGGAACAACGGUAUUCGCGUCAAAUGCCGCCCCAACUACACCACCAGGGCCCGUUGCCACCGCCGCCGUCGCAUCACGAUCAACCUCCGCCGCAGAUGUCGCGCGAACAUCAAUUGACGGCGCAUCAGCUGCGCGAGAACCAUCUGCAGCGUGAACGCGAACAACGUCAGCAAGAGUUACGCGACCAGCAACUGCAUCAACAUUACCGCGAACAGCAGAAGCUACGCGAGCAAGAGCAGCAGCGCAUGAUACGCGAUCAGCAAGGCAAACAUCGCGAAAUGUUGUCGCAAAUGCCGCCUUCGAUUCGCGACCAACAUAUGCCGCCUCAUCUGCAGCAGCAGCAACAACAGCAGCAGCAGCAUCAGUCGCAACAGCAACGCGAGAUGGAAAGUAAUCAGUAUCAGCGGAGCGGUUCGGCCAACAGUCGAUUAGGACCGGAAUCGCAGCUGCCGCCCCAUACGCGAAUACAGCAAAUACCGCCGUCGAUUUACCAGCCUCAUCGAGUGCAUUCCAAUCCGCCGGAGCAGUCUAUCGAUAGUAGGAUGACCAGCACGAUUAAUUACCAUCGCGAGCCUACUCCGGUUACGGUGAAAGUCGAAUCAGGGCGUGAAAGUGCUCGACCACGACAAGGAGAUUCUUCUACUGUGACUGCUGCUAGUUUAAUCGACGCCAUUAUCACUCAUCAGAUUAACCAACCCAGCGAUACGGCUGUCUCUGCAACUGCAUCGCAAGCUAAUGCAUCUCCUCACGUACCAUCUACUCGGCCGGGAGAUAAAUUAUUCCAGGUAUUCCCCGAACCGGACGGAAAACUAUCACCAUUGAAAUGCGGUCCAACGAUGCAAUCUCGCGCCAGUCCAGAUGUAAAAUCGCAACCUCCUCAGUUACAACCUCAGCAGCCUACGCCGCAAUCUAUAGCCCAUCAACAGCAACAACAACAACAACAGCAACAGCAACAACAUUCCCUACCAGUCAGCUCGGCCGGUAGUGUACACGGCGAUUCGAGUGGCUCGCGAGACGGUGGUCUGCCUCCUCGAAGUAUCGGCCCUCCGAUUCUGCCUCCUUCGUCGUCUUCGCAGUCGCACGUUUAUGUCGAACCUCAAGCGUGGAAAUUACGCCGAGCUCUGCAGCAGAAAGAACUGGAACAGCAGCAGUCGUCGGAUCGUAACAUCGUUCGCAUUGCCGGCGCUCAAAGGCCGCUUUCGCCGCGCGAGAAACUCGGCGGAUUGCAGAGUAAUCCGUUGGAUUACGUUAGGAACAAGAUAGUCGAAGAAAUGCAUCGUACUUCCGAUGACGAAGGAGGCGCCAAGUCAUCAGGCGGUGGCAGUAAUCACGGUUCGUCGAUGAGUCGUUCGGACGAUAAUAACUCUGGAUCGGGAGGUGGUGGUGGCGGUGGAAGCAACGAGCAGCCGAAUCAGCCUUCUUAUUUGCCAGCUUCCAAUUACGCGUAUCCUUACUCGGCGUUGAAUAUUAAUUCGCAAGUUCCGGUUUCGGCUCAUACGACACCUCCGGCAGCGCCACCUAAGCCGGUCGAUGUACCGGAACCGACGCCUAUAUUGUCGUCGCAAUACGAACCGUUAUCCGAUGAAGAUUAACAUUUAUGGAUUUCAGUUCCAACUGUCGUCGAAGUGUGGAGUAAGUCGAUUCGUUCUCGAUCUCUUCUCUUAUUUGUACGUUUUAAGAUGUCAAAAUUUUGUUGUUUUUUUUUUCUCUCACAUUACUGUUCUCCGUUACGAAAAAUUCCCAGUUUUUUUUCUCUGUAAUUUAUUUACGACGAGUUGUUUUCUAAUGGCCGCAGAGCCGGAAGCGAGUUUUCACCGUUCCAUCGUUAGCGAUUUGAAAAUUAUACCUGGACAGUGUUGGUAGGAAUGUGUUCGAUCUAGUCAUGCAUUUAUUUUCUCUUUUUCCACCCUUGUUGUGAAAAUUCGCUAUGUUUGAAGAAAAAUUAUAAUUUUUGUGUAUUGGAUACGUUGUUGAUGAUACUCGGUGACGUUAACCUUUUUUUGUUUUUUUCGACUCGAAUAUGUAUUUUUCAAGAAACGUAACAAUCAGUAUUUCUGCCUUUCAAUUGUGUUCAUUUUAUCCUUACGAAAUACAAUAUUUACUAAUACCUCUUCGAUAAAUCCAAAAUUGUAACCGAAUAUUUAUGUACAUUGUACACGAAUCGUCGAUUCGAUUAUAAAUUGUAUGUAUUAUCGACUCGUAUAAUCUUAAACGCGAAGUUUUUCAUUUUAUCGUUUAAUUUUGUCGACUUACGUAACAUUUUCGUUUGUUUUUCUCCUCUUUUUUUACCGUCUGAAAGAUUUUUAUGUUUGAACUGACCCGAACGAAGGAUAUUAUGUGUACGUUGUAAUAAAAUGAAAUGCUAUAUUGAUUUACGCCGAUUUCUGAAUUUUCAUUCCAAGAUUUAAAAAAAAAUUAUGUCAUUCUUCGGAAUUGUGAAACUGGUUUUACCAUCUUUCCGGCCGAGGAAUAGAAUACAAAAUUUGUGUUUUGAUUUCUGAGACAUUGGUUCGUUUCGUUUGUUCUUGGUAAAAUUUUUCAUUUUACGAAUUGUGUAAACUACUCGAGAAAAAUUGUAUCAAAUUUCAUUGUGUAUGUCAUGCGUGUUGUAUUUUCUUUUCGUUUUUUUUUUCUAAUCGUGUUAUUAUUUUUCUAUAUGGUUUUAAAUACUAUAUAAUUGAAUGUUUCGAGCAUGUUCUCUGCAACACGAAGAAUACGCUUCGUUUUUAUUUUAUUAUUUUUAUUUGUUAUUCAUUUUUUUUUAUUUUGUAUUCGUUUACAAAGUUCGAAUGGAAAAAGUCGACGUUGGCUAUUUUAAGGGGUUUAAUUGACUAGUCACCUGAAAAAUAAUACGAUGCGGAUGACUUUCUCCAUUUUUCUUUGUAAUUUCCCCCUUCUCCCCUCUUUCAGCCUUUAUUAUUUGUCUCGAUACGUGCACAAUACACGAUUAUCGUAUAACUUUCAUGGUUUACAAAAUUUGUAAUAUUGUCUGAUACGAAGACUUGAAAAACAAAAAAAAACGAGAAAUAUGAUUUACGUAUUUUCAUCUCCAUCAUCCUGAUUGAUUUUUUUUUCUUCUCAUGAAAUAUUGACUUUUGAUGACAAAAUAUUUCGUUUACGUGUAUAGAUUUUUAAUGUACUGUACCAUAUUAUAAUUUUUCUGUAGAUAAUUUUUCUCGUUUUUUCUCUUUAUUUUCUUUUUGAAAAAAUCCAUCCAUUAUUGAUAUAAAAGAAUUUUAACGAUGGUUUAAAUCGCGUAUUAUGUAUUUUUUUUUCUAAAUGUUUCAUUGACGCGAUAAUUAUGUGUAAACUGUAUAUAGAAUAUUACGCGAAUUAUGCAAACCAGAAAUAGCUGCGCGUGUGUAAAAUAUAUCUAUGUAUGUGUUUUUUUUUCUUUGUAGCUGAAUCAAUUUGUAAGGCUAUCGCUGUUAUAUCUGUAUUAUUCAUUAAUUUUUUUUUGUAUAAAAGUUAUCAGUAACUUCUUAUGAGUAUAUUUUUUGUAAAUUUUGAAUACAUUGUUACAUAAUUGUCUUUUAUAAAAUUUAAUUAUUUAAUGUUAAGCUUUCAGUGAAAAACAUUGUUUACAAAAAAAAAGAGUGAUGAAACGAAAGUUGAAAAAGUAAUAAAUCUGUUGAUUUUUAAA